UGUCAGGCCUAGAGUGUGUGGUGUCUACUUGCCUGGUCUCCACCUCAUCCGGUCUCAGCAGAGAAGUGUUUGCAGGUGAAGAUGAACAGUGGAAUUCUCUUCUUCACCCUCCUAGGCUUCCUUCCACUCGUGAUACCCAUAUGCCCUGUGCCAUGCCGGUGUGCCACCAACAUUAUUGACUGCACCUCAAAAGACCUAACUGUAGAAAAACUACCUGCUGCUUUCCGUCCUUCAGCUGAAAUUAUCCACCUUGGUAACAACAGGCUCACCUCUAUUCCCAAUGGGCUCUUUGACAACCUUAACAGCCUCCAGGUAGUCUAUCUGCAGGGCAACCCUUGGGAAUGUGACUGUGAUAUCCUCUACUUGCGCUCCUGGCUCCAGUGGCAGCAGAACCGCACCCUGUACAGGGAUGUGAGAUGCAGAUCCCCAGCUCACCUGCAGGACCGGAUCAUUGCUUAUCUCACAGAAGACGAGAUUGUCUCCACAUGCCAGCACUGGUACUGCAGCCUGGCUCUCCUCUCUCAGCUCUGUCUCUUCAUCCUCCUUUUCCUCCAGGGUAUCUUGGGUAUCUUCAUCAUUGUCUACGUGCAGAAAUUUCGGAGAAUGACCUCUGAAGCCCGGAGCACCACCCAAGAACUAUACCAGCAGGUAGACCCUUGGGUAUCUUCUUCAAGAAACCCCUACAACAAUGAUUAACAUCACAAAACUGAAGACCCUUCUCCCCUUGGGGGAUGCUGUGCCAAG